AUUAUGACGGAUUUUCCCACCAAUGAUAAAUAUUUACAAAUAUACGCUUGAGUAAUUGACCAUCACGUGACUACCGGUACCCUUUUUUGCCAUUUUACUCGGAUUUUGGUAAUUUUUUCUCGUGUCUGUAGAAUAUUGGACUGGGCGCGACUAGCUGGGAUUUUAUUACGUCUUUUUGCAUGCAUUAAACCAGUUGAUUUGAUUACUGGUUUAGGGAAAAUGCAUCCUAUUUCUCUUCUAACGGUUUACAACGUACAGUGUCGUGUUGUUCGGAAACACGUGUCGCAGCCAGUUCCCUGGAGUGACGCUAACGUUCAUUUCAGAUGCGAAGCGGAAACCAAGAGCGGCCCGAUUCGUUUUGAUCUGAUUGUGAAAUAUCACGACGGAAAAAGACUUGACAUUGACCUCAACUCUUUGAAAAAAUAUCAAGUUUCUCCACACUCAAGACCUCGAGUCAUUUUGAUUUCAUCGCGAUUCAGUUUCACUUUCGAAAUAAAAACUUUGAAGCGUAAAAAAACAUUGCAAGUUGAAUAUAUCCUGCAGAGUAGUGGGAAAGUAAUACUGAAACAAAAAUUGUCUCAAUCUGUACAUGAUUCAACGUUAUCAAAUGAUCAUGCAUCUCUGAGAGAUCGCGUAAUGCAGCUCCAGCAUUGAAAACCUCGACACCAUUUGAUCAAAGAGGAAUCUUUUGCAAGCUGCCGAAAUAUGAAGAUCUGGGCUUUGUCCCCUACAUUUCAUCAAAAAAGAGAAUUUCUAGAAUAUCUCCUAUACAGGAAUCUGCUGAUAUUCAUGUAGAAGAAUUUGUAUUCAAAAGUCGUAUUCAUCGUAAGCCUGCCGAUAAAAACAGCAAACUGUAUAAUGUACCAAGUGACAAUGACAAGCCAUCAAACAAAAGACUGUUUCAGUCAACACCAAAAGCAGUCGCUGAGAUGAAUGUCUCAGAUGAAUCAAAGCUUCAAAAAGAAACAAAGAAACAAAGGAAAGCAUCUACAACACAAAAAACAGAUUUAACAUCAACUUUGUCAUUCCAUUCGAGCUGGAAGAAGAAAUCUAACAUGAUUCACACUAGUGGUUUGGAAACAAUUCAAGAAACUCCAAACUUACAAAUGAUCAGCAAAGCAGGGUCCACAAUUGUAAGUUCAACUAAACCAAUUGGGUCACUAAUAACAAAGUCGAGCAAUGACAAGGUUGAUGAUAUCGAUGUGGAAUUGGCAUCAAGUGUUAACCAAUACGGUGGUCUGAAAAUAACAUCAAACAAUACUGAAACCUCUUCAAUAGCAUACGGUGGUCUGAAAAUAACAUCAAACAAUACUGAAACCUCUUCAAUAGCAUCUCAGAAUGAAGCUUUCAACGGAGGGCUACAUUUGUUACCAUCAAACUGUUUCUUCAGGUGUCUUGUACAAUUGCAAAGUAAAAGAUACUCAUCUGUUAUUGAAAAGAGACAAUUGCUUGGAAACAUUAAAAAUGCUGUUUCCAAAUUUGCUCCACAAUUUAAUGGCAGUGAACAACAUGAUGCACAUGAAUUUGUUCGAGUUGCUCUUACAUUACUCAAACAGGAAAUCAAUGAUGCAUUAUUAAAAGAGCAAAACUUGGGCUCUGUGUUACAUCAGGAAUGCCCAAUCACAGCAAAUUUCGGCUUCAAAGUCCAACAUUCCUACAAGUGCACAAGGUGUAGUUUUACAUUUGCUAUUAUUGAAGAUUGGUAUGAUAUCCCUGUUGAUAUCAUCUCCAGUCUAGAAAUUCGAAGCAUACAACAGCUAUUGUCCCGGUCCAUAAGAAAGGAAGAGGAAAUUGAAAAUUCUUGCAGAAGUUGUAGCAAUGGGAGAUCAAUCAAGACUAUUCGUAUUGUGGAAUUACCUAGAAUCCUGACUGUUUACCUGAUGCGUUAUAAUGUUGAUAGGACCGGUAGAGUGAGAAAGAUUCAUCAGAAUAUUGGAAUUAGCAGAAAUCUCUCUCUAACAAAAUAUCAGUUGAAUCCAACUGACGCCAACAAUAACUUGCUGCUUCCUGAGAGUGUUACGGCAUUAUAUGAAUUAACUUCCAUUGUGAAUCAUUUGGGAGAAACCCCAACAUCAGGUCACUAUAUAAGCGAUGUCUUGCGGGACAAUGUUUCGAGAACAUGGCAAUGUUACGAUGACAAUAUUGUUACAAAUACUUAUGGUGAUGGUAUAUUGCAAAGAAGAGAAUUGGAUGCAUAUGUUCUGUUCUACAUCAGGACCUGAAACAUAACAAUAAUUUUUCUGACACAUACUAAAUGAUUCUUUCAAAUUUUACAUUUCUUUACUCUUGUGUUUAAGAUGAACAAACAAUUCAAUCGAAUGAGUUUAUUCAAUUAUUUAGAGAGCGGGUGUACAGACUUGUAAUGAAACACAGGCUUGUGAA